AUGGCGUCACCUCUGUCUUGUCGAGCCUGCGCGGGACCUUACUCCUUAUUACCAGCCCUGGUGCUGCUCGUGACGUAUAGCUUCGCGUCGCCGCACCAGCCACGAGCAACGGCUUUUUCCCUCAGAGUAGUGUCUCCGUUCCGCUCUCGCACGCACGAGGAGGAUGAGCGAUCCGCGCCGCCGGCGAUCGCGCGAAGAAAGCUCGCAUCGUCGCUGCCAUGCACGAACUCGUCGCUCUUCGGCUACGCUUACGCCGUGCAACUCGGCGACGGUCUCAUUUUGCACUGGAAGCCGCAGGUCGGCCGGGUGACGGACAUGGCGCUGCAGGCCGUGGCGCUCUCAGGCGCGCAGAAGGGGUGGAUCUCCGUCGGGUGGUCGGGUGACGGCCGCAUGUCCCGCAGCGACGCGGUGGUCGGGAACGUCGAUAAUUACCCCAGCAGAGUGGUCGCGCUGUACCUGGCGGGGCGAAACUUCGCGGAUGUGAAGCCGGCGGGGUAUGAUCUGGGCAGGACGGUCCUGGAGCAGGGCACUACUGGCUCGUUCGUCAUCAAGUUCUCCCGGCGGGUGGACGAUGGCACGGUGAGAUUCGACCCGACAGGCGCCAACACGCUCAUCUGGGCCUACUCUGCCGAUCCUGGCUCGUCAGAGCUCGGCUUUCACGGGGGAAACAAGGGAUCAGCACUGGUGGACUUCUCAUGCACGGGCAAGGCAGCAAGCCCUCUAAUUCAAACAGGCAGUCGGCUAGCAGCAGUACUGGCAGUUGUUCUGGCUGUGCUCUGCCUUGCCUUGUAA